AUGGAGAAGCAAAUAAUGCUUUUCUCUGGACUGGCGAUUAUGGUCGUCAUCCUCAAUGCAUGUCCUGCAAUCGGCCAAUGCGACGCAGAUAUAGUCGAGAUGUUGCCCUGCGCGACCUUCGUUAUGGGCCCUGCUGUUGGGAAGCCCCCUCCAGAGUGUUGUGAAGGUGUGAAGCUUGUUCUUGAUAAAGCUGAUAACGAAGAGAAGCGCAGGUCUCUUUGCCAAUGUUUGAAAGAUGAAGCUAUUAAAGCUGAAGUUAAAAUCAUACCUGAAAAACUAAUGAACAUCACUGGACCUUGUGAGAUCAAGGUUCCUAUUCCUACUGAUCCUAAUGUCGACUGCAAGACGGUUCCGGUGUUUUGA